AUGGAUGAAGCUGGGGUUUACGCUUCGCAAGGUUAUGACCGCGGGGAAGCUAAUAACAGCAUGGAUCAAAAGGACAAUCAAACACAGUACACCAUUCAGAGUGUCCUUCAUUUCAUUCAGUCGGAAUGGACACGCUUAGAGCUUCAACGUUCUCAAUGGGAAAUGGAAAGAGCGGAACUUCAGGCAAGGAUAGCUUUCCUUCAGGGUGAACGCCGUGGGCAAGAAAACAUUAAACAAGAUCUUGUUCGCCGUAUCAAAAUGCUUGAACAUGCUCUUAAGCAAGAGCGUGUUCGGUAUCACCAGUUAAAAUUAUCUGUCGACUCCUAUUCAGACAAACCUGUUGAUGAGAACUCAAAGCCAGGACCGGAUAGUUCUAUGGAGACCAAAACGGAUUUAAAAAAUAUUAUGGAUCCAGGUCGGCAGUUAGCACUUUGCACAGAGCAGGCACUUCAAAGUAACGUGAAAUGGAGAGAAAGCCGUCUGAAGUUGAAACAUUUUCUUCAAGAAGUCGGGUAUACAGAUUCGGUUUUGGCCGUUCGUCAGAGUCGAGUUCGUCAGUUGCUAUGCUCUACGAAUGGUGAUCUAAUGGAAGCAGAUCAUUCAAAUAAUAGCUUGAAAAAGAGCUCAAAUCGAAACUCUAUGGUCUUGCCGGAAAAUGAGGAAGCUGUUUUACGCAAUUUUGAUUUUUUGGAAGCUGCCUCAAAGCCUGUUGAUACUGCAAAUCCCACUGCAGGAGCCGACGCAGAGGCUCCUUGGAAUGAUGAUAAACCAACUCCUGGCGGGCUGCCAUCUAUGGUUCCGGGGUUUGAUUCCCGCACUGGGCAAUCGAAACGAUUUGGACGGAAGGCUGGUAUGGACAGUCAUAUAAUGGACUUUUUGAAUUCCCUCUCGGACAAGGAGGCUAAUAAUGGCGAAGGCCUGCCGAAAUUGAAUGAAGCGGUUUGGCCACUCGCUAGUGGGGUCGGACGUAACACAACUGUUGACGGUGUGUCGAUAGCUCCUGGUGCAACUCCCGGUAUGGCGCCUUUUAGCUCGGUCGGCCAGGGUGAAGGAGAGGAGAUUUCUGCUGUUGCGGGUUUAGGGGAUCUUGCCGGUCUCACUGUUUCAAAUGAUUCGGAUAAUGGUGGCUUUGAGGAGGAAGCGUGCUUUACCGCUGUAGACGCUGAUCAUUCUGAAUCCGGGGGCUUUCCUUCAAGUAGCUCGGGAUUCGGUCAAAAGUCCACCACAGCGCAAUCAACUACUGCUGGUGCUAGGCGUCCAUGGACAAAGAAAUUCGGACUGAGAGGCCACUUCGACGGUGUUCGCUCCAUUGCCUUUCACCCCAGUGAACCCUAUCUCUUCUCUUCGGGUGAAGACGGUCUAGUUAUGCUCUGGGCACUACGAAAACCAGGAUUACCUAAACCGACCGUAAGUAAUGUAAAGAACGGAAAUCAGUUGGCUGCUGCUCUUGUAGCAAAUGCUCCGCCGGAUCUAGACCCAGUUCACAUUUAUCGUGGGCAUAAUGGACCUGUUCUUUCAGUGUCUGUGCCGGCUGUGGGACAAUGUGGAAGUGCUGUCUACUCCUCCGGAAUGGAUGGUGUUAUUCGGGGUUGGCGUUUACCCUCUCCUGACCCAUUCACCGGUGUCUUUGACCUCUACUCCCUCACCCAGACUAUUAAUGAAUGUGGUCCUCUGCUCAAACGCCCAGACUCAGCAGGCGAUGCAGUGUGGUCAAUUUCAGUGCACCCAAGUCUCCCAUUUUUGGCGUCAGUGGAUACCUCCUCGGCAGUCUCCUUCUGGUCUCUUGAGUCCGACGUGCCCAUUGGAGAUGACACCGCAGCGGUCGCUCUUCCCAUCGACCCAAUCACUCCCUCUCGCACCAUCUUUCUUAAUGAGCUCAUCUCACCGUCUGGUACGUUCUUUACUUCAAGUUGA